AAAAAUGCAAAGGGACAGGAGUUGUUUGACCAAAUUGUAUAUCAUUUGGACCUUGUGGAAACUGAUUACUUUGGCCUACAAUUCAUGGAUGCUUCCCAGGUUACACACUGGUUGGACCAUUCAAAAUUCAUUAAGAAGCAAAUAAAAAUUGGACCUCCGUACACGUUGCAUUUUCGAAUUAAGUACUAUUCAUCAGAACCGAACAACCUUCAUGAGGAGUUUACAAGGUACCUGUUUGUAUUACAGCUCCGACAAGACAUUCUUUCAGGGAAGCUGAAAUGUCCGUAUGAAACUGCUGUUGAACUAGCAGCUCUGUGUCUUCAAGCUGAGCUGGGAGAGUGUGAGCACCCAGAGCACACACCAGAACUUGUGUCUGAAUUCAGGUUUGCACCAAACCAGACCGAAGCAAUGGAAUUUGAUAUUUUUCAUGUGCAGGUAGGGUACCUGGGAAAGAGCCCAGCGCAGGCUGAAUUGUGCUACUUGAACAAAGCUAAAUGGCUAGAAAUGUAUGGUGUAGAUAUGCAUGUAGUUAAGGGAAGAGAUGGUUGUGAAUAUGCUCUUGGACUGACACCAACAGGCAUAUUGAUCUUUGAAGGAGCCAACAAAAUAGGCUUAUUCUUUUGGCCUAAAAUCACAAAAAUGGACUUUAAGAAGAGCAAACUAACGCUCGUGGUUGUAGAAGAUGACGAACAGGGCAGAGAGCAAGAGCACACAUUUGUUUUCCGGUUAGACAGUGCCAAAACGUGCAAACAUUUGUGGAAGUGUGCAGUGGAGCACCACGCUUUCUUCAGAUUGCGAGCCCCAGCAAAUAGUAAAUCUAGUAGAUCCGACUUCAUAAGGCUGGGAUCACGCUUCAGAUUCAGUGGGCGGACAGAGUAUCAAGCAACGCACGGGACAAGAUUACGGAGAACUAGUACAUUUGAAAGAAGGCCCAGCAAGCGAUACCCUUCCCGAAGGCAUUCAACUUUUAAAGCAAACAAUCCUGUGAAAGCAGCACAACUGUGUGCUAAAAAUACUCCUGAAGUCCAUAACUACCAGCCACAGUAUCAUCCUAAUAUACAUCCUGCUCAGCCACACUGGCAUCCACAUACACCUGAGAAAUUCUUCCCACUCCCAUCACCAUUUCUGAACAACAGUGAUCUGCAUCACUUCAACGUUGAGGAGAACGGUGGAACACCAUAUACCACCAAAAUGCCUGCAAGGCACCACCAUCACCACCGUCAUCACCACCACCACGCGAAUUAUGGCGCCCUUGCUCCCGACAGCAAAGACAUUGUUUCUGGAGUUGCAAACCCAAACACAAAAACAAAACAGCUUAAAAAACUGAGCUCAGGACUUCCCCUUCUUUAUGAUGAAACUUCCCAUCUGAAGAAAAUAGAAACGGAGAGUGUGAAGGUAGUUGGACCAUGGCCAGCCCUGCACAUCAGUAUGAACAAGGUGGAAGACAAAAAAAUAUCCGAAAAGACUCUUCAUGCCCCUGUCUCACCGUCAUCUGUACCUGACCAUAUGAAGUGCAAUAUCCUUAAAGCUCAAGUGGAAGCUGCUUUUAGAGUAGGCACCCAG